UCUCAGGAUAUUGUGACGCUACCAAAUCAUCGACAAAAUGUGGCAAAUGUUUAUCGCCAGAUAUUCAAGAGCCCUUGUUAUGCCAUUUGUGAUUGUAAUUGGUGCAGUUGGUUAUUUCAUAGAGCAAAAAUUUUCUACUCCGAAGGAAAUACCAUAUUUGGAUGCAUCGAUAAAAGAAGGACGUGAAAACCGACAAAUGGAAAUUGAACUAGAUUCAGAGUACGGUACUCCAAUGGAUAUCAGCAAAAUUAGGAAUAAAAUAGUUCCUGAAUCAAGCCUACUAUUGAAUACUGGUCGAAAAGGUUUGAUUGAUAAUGAAAGCUGUAGUUAAGCAUUUCACUGUAGCAAUAACAAUGGUGACGAAUAUUUUAAAAUAUGUCGCGUAUUGUUUUCUGCAUCGUUUUGGAUAAAGAGCAUAUUUCUGCUCGUGAAAAAAUUAUAUCGAUCAAUAAUAGAGCC